AAGCCUCCGGCUCCCAGGCUCAAGGGGCGCAGGCGGCCUGCAGCCGGCGGCCGCUCACUGUAGUCUGCGCCGGGCCUGGCCUGGCCGGUGGCGCCCCUGCAGCGCCGAGGGGCCCAUGGCCUCCGCCGCCCCGGCGCCGCCGCGGCGGCGGCUGGCGCUCGCGCUCUGCGGCCUCGCGGCGCGGCCCGCCAGCUCGGGCCUCGUGGAGGUCGGCACGGGCUACUGCAGGACCGGCAGCGGCUCCGGCACGAGCGGGGACCACCCUUGGGACCCGAAGACGGAGUGCCUGGAGCUGCAGCCCUGCAAGGAUCUCUGCGAGGCAAAGGAAGGGUGCGCUGGCAUCGCCUGGACCGCGAUGUCCGAGGAGGUCACCAAGUGCAAGACUCUGCAACUGCCGAGGUGCAACCUAUACCUCGGUGACGCACCGGUGGAAAAGACUACCUCGAAGUACCAGGAGUACACCUGCUACAGGUCCGACUCGGCGCCGGGGACGCCCCUGGCGGACCAGGCAACCGCCACGCUGACCGGCGCUUCCGCUGCGGCGCCGUACAAUUGCACGGCAGGCCUCAGCAACGCCGCCACUGGCUGGUCGAAGCUGAAGAAAGAUUGGUGCUGCAGCCACGAGACGCUCGGCUGCGAGGCUGGCGCGACUGGUGGCGCGUCCGCGGCGGCGGAGGCGCUGCAGGUCAGCGCCUUCGUCAACGCGUCUCAGGUGCCGAGCAACGCCUCGUGCGACUCCGUCUGCACGUUCGGGGACAGCGACGGCACCUGCCAGGCCAGGAUCCAGUGGAGCGCCGACAACACCUUCAGAGAUGAGCAGAGCCCGUGCUCGAAGGCCUACGCCCAGGUGCGGCAGGACUGCCCCGUGUGCGCCGCGUGCUCCUACGUGUUCUCCGGGUGCUCCACGGCGCCCUUCCCGGGCACUCCGGACGAGGGCGACGAUGAGGACAAGCAGGGCGAGGACGCAGGCGAGGGCAACGCAGAGGCUGCCACGACAACGCAGGAGAGCACGGCAACCGCCGACAAGACCGUGCUCCCAGGGACAGCCCUGGGCGCGAAGUCGAGCAGUACGAGGUCGUCGAACCUGACGGCAAACGAGGACGAAACGGACCCGACCGAUCCCUGCAGCAGCGUCUGCACGUACGAGGGCGAGUCGCACUCUUGCGAGGAGCGGGUUCAGUGGCUCGCGGGCGAGGGCGGGGCCGGGUGCAGCGGCGCCUUCGAGCAGGUCCAGGCCGACUGCCCCGUGUGCGAGGCGUGCACCGCGGAUGGCAUGAAGUGCGAGGACGACGACGACGACGCGGAGGGCGACGACGACGCGGCCGGUGACAGCGGCGCCGGCGCCAACGGCUCGCUCUCCGUCGCGGGCGGGGCCGGUGCCGGAACGACGACCACGAAGGACCCGGUGGCGACCGCGUUCGAGAAGCUCGGCAUCAACACUGCGGGCCACGACCUGACGGAGCUGGCCAAGGCCUCCGGCCCGAGCAGUGCGCCGUCCUCCAACGCGAGCAGCGCCGCGUCCUCCAGCGCGGGCAGCACCCCGUCCUCCGCAGCGGCUCCCGCCGGCGGGCCGUGCGUCGUGACGGAGUCGGGCGACCCGUGCGUGUUCCCGUUCACGUACGCGGGGAUCAUUUACAUGACCUGCACGGACGUGGAGAACACUCAGAAGUGGUGUGCCGUGGCGGUCGACAGCCGCGGUGAGCUCGACAGCAAAGACGGCUCGUGGGGGCAGUGUGCGACCUCGUGUGACGCGCUGGAGAAGGCGGAGCCGGCGAACGCCUCGGGGCCCGUGCCCGCCUCCCAGGACAACGUGACGGCCUGCGUCACCGUGGGCUCCGCGGGCGCCGGGGCGGGGCUGCCCUGCGUGCUGCCGUUCUCGUACGAGGGCCAGACCUUCCAGGCCUGCACGUACGCGGGCCACGCCCAGAAGUGGUGCGCCACCCAGGCCGCGAGCGAGGAGCAACAGGGCGGCAGGAAGGAGGACCAGGACGCGGACGAGGAGUUCGAGGAGGAGGUGAAGAUCGUCUUCGAGGAGUGCGAGGACGAGGAGUUCGAGGGGGGGCUCGAGGAGGGGAAGGAGUUCGAGGAGGAGGAGUUCGAGGAGGACGAGGAGUUCGAGGAGGACGAGGAGUCCGGGCAGGUCGACUCCGCCGGCAAGGUGGUGAAGGAUCAGUGGGGCGACUGCUCCGCGGCCUGCCUUGCCGCCGAGGAAACGCUCCUGCGGAGGGCCGUGUUCGACCCCUUCGGCGCCCAGGAGAAGUACGCCGUUGGGCCGGUCUCAGGCUGGUGGGCCGCAGGCCGCGCCGCCACCCCGGCGGCGCUCGCGGCGGCGCUCGCGGCGGCGGCGCUGGCGGCGUCCGCGCUGCGGAGGCGCCGCGCGGGCACCCCGGACGGGCCAAGCGGCGCGGCGGAGGGCCUGGGGCUGCUCGGGCACCAGAGCGAGGGGCUCUGUGCCGCGGCGGCGCCCUGACCGAAUUAGGUGCGCGCCACCAAGCCCAUGGCCGCGCGCGAGGCUGGCCUCGGUGAACAGAGCUUGGCGUUUUCCUCCUCCCCCCCUCCUCAGCUGCAACUUUUAUGCGCGCCCCUCUGUGUCCAGGGCGGCUGGCCUGUCCGCCUGCCUGCCCGCAGUGCGCCUGUCUGUAGUGGGCGCCCCGCGACUGGCGGAGGACGGGUGUGGUUUGGUGGG